CUUUUAGACGAACUUAAUAUAAACUUUUCUUUACCAUUCAAAAAUUUUACUGAAGUUGUUAAAAGAGAAGUUGAAACAUUUAAAGAACUUUCAGAAAACUUAAACCAUCAGACUAUAGAAAAGGCUCGAACCAAUAGCGACGCACAACUAGCACAAGUGGGCGCGCUAAAAAGUUUGUCCCACGCCCAAAAAGUAGAAGCUGUUUUUAAUGAUCGAACUUUACAAGAACUUUUUGGGAAGUUGAAAGACGAGUUAUUAAAAAUUAUUGAAAAUAUAGAAGCAAAAAGGACUUUGUUAUUCUCUCGGCUCGACCAAUGUCUUCACGAAAUGGAUUCACUAAAUAAUAUACAAACUAACUCCUCUUCAGAACUGUAUAGAAAGUUGGAUGAUCUUCUCUCGAUUCAAACAACAACCAUCUCAACAGUAAAGCAAUAUUUAUCUAAUCAGGUUCUCGAUCGCACGCAGCAUCGCGAAGCUGUUAAAGCAGAACUUUUGGAAAAACUUCGAGGGGUACUGGAUUCUUACUUUUCUGCUGAACAGCAAGGAGAUGAGAAGUUUGCCACUUAUAUGAAAUCUAAUUUCCAAUUGGUGGAAAAUUCGAUUGAAAAUAUUUCCAAUAAUCUUCUUGCUAACAUCCAGAUGGACGCAAAUAAUUUGUCCAAACACAUGGUUUCAUAUUCGGACGCAUUAAAAAAUAUACAAUCGGAAAAUGAAUCUCGAAGUUCUCAGUUGUCAGUGGACGCCACUCUAGCCGUGGACUACGUUGAUAGUGCAAAGUCCACCAGUGAGCAACGAGAGAAAAAGGUUUCGGAUAUUAUUGGCUCUUACAAAAAGCUCGUGGAAACUAAAGCAGAUGAAUUUAUAUCUUCAGAAAAAAGUUUUAUUUCUGAACUGACUACUUCGCUUGACAACCAUGAUACGGAUAGCAAAUUUUUACUUGGCCAAUUUUUAGAAAAACUUUCUUUCGAGAAAGAAGGUAUUAAUGAAAAGUUAAGCUUUAUAUCUGAGGCUAUUCAACUUCGUAAUAAUUCAGCUUCUCACGAAUACCAAGAACUUAAUAACACUCGAAAUAAGCUGGUCGCCCAUGUGGACCAACUUCAUAAUGAAACAGGAGAGCACGUGGUCUCCUAUCCGUCUUGCGAGGGUGUACCACUGCCGGACGAGACUCCCGCACUUUGGAGUUCUGAAGAAAGAAAAGAAAAGUUGAAACUACUGCAAAACUUAUUGAAAUCUGAAGAAACUGAUAAUAUUCAACAUUUUCAAGAACUCAAAGAACCGACGACUUUUGAAAAUGAUGAAAACGUUGAAUUCAUUGCAUUAUCUUCUAAAAGGAAGAAGACCAAUAAUGACACUGCUCUGAAUAAUGAAGAAAAACCCACACUGGAACGCGUUUCACAGAGAAAUAGAACGCCAUUACUUGAAAAGUCCUAA